AUGAAGAUUUUUAGGAAGUUUUAUUGGUUACUGUGGGGCCCUAUUAAAGGUAAUUUGUCGUAAAUGUCUCAUGUACAAAGAGUAAGGACUUUAUACAAGAUAAUCCUAAGGCUCCACAGAGGUUUACCAGAAGAAUUGCAAGUUAUAGGCACGAAUUAUGCUAGAGAUGAAUUCCGUAGGCACAAGAACUGUAAACCUGAAGAAGCCGCUGUGUUUUUGAAUGAAUGGACUAAUUAUGCCUUAUCAUUAGGGCAGCAAAUGGGUUUAAAAGAUGGUAGAAAAGAGGCAAAAGUAGGGGACGAUUUGGCACCUGAAUUAUUAGAUUGUUUAAGGGAGGAGCAAGUCGUUCAGCUUUAUGAACUGAUGCAAGAAGCACAUGCACCUAAAGAGGUUAGAAAGGAAGAAGAGAGGUAGGAAAAGAUUGUUGCCAAGAUUCUCUAAGGUACAAUUGAGGUUUAAAUAAAACCACAGCAGUUCACUAAAAAAAUCACAUUUAAUUCUAGUCAUUAUUGAAUAAAAAAACUCAUUAAAAAACUAAAAA